AACUCUUACCAGAAUGAUAAAAACUCUAACCAGAAUGAUAAAAACUCUAACCAGAAUGAUAACAACUCUAACCAGAAUGAUAAAAACUCUUACCAGAAUGAUAACAACUCUAACCAGAAUGAUAAAAACUCUAACCAGAAUGAUAACAACUCUAACCAGAAUGAUAAAAACUCUCACCAGAAUGAUAAAAACUCUUACCAGAAUGAUAAAAACUCUUACCAGAAUGAUAAAAACUCUAACCAGGAUGAUAAAAACUCUUACCAGAAUGAUAAGAACUCUAACCAGAAUGAUAAAAACUCUUACCAGAAUGAUAAAAACUCUUACCAGAAUGAUAAAAACUCUUACCAGAAUGAUAAAAACUCUAACCAGAAUGAUAGAAACUCUUACCAGAAUGAUAAAAAC